AUUGUUAGAAGAAUUUUGUGCUUUGACGAGUCGUUAUAUGAAGGGGCGGCCUUGGGUAGUAGAACUAAUUUGUUAUACUUUUGUGGUGGUAUGGAUGUGGUCAUGGUAGCUAUAUCGAGCUUUAUGCCUAGGAAGGUAACCGAGGUGCUUGGCCUUUCCAUUUUUGUAUCUUUCAAAAUAGCAAAAAAUGCUGCUGGAUGCACGGUUGCCAAAAGCGAGAACUUUGUUGAAGAAUAUGUCGUUUCCGGUGCAGUUUUUGCCGAAGUGAUUUAUCCAUUUGAUCGCAGUGUCAUGGUUUCGUAUCGAGUUGCAAAUUCUAAUUUGUCGAUUCUGUCAUUUAUGCUAUUGUUUACUGGGAUGAUAAAUGGGAGAUCACCUG